UUAUAUCCUUAAUUCCAAUACAGUCAAUAGUACAUUUUCCAUCUUCGAAUGUUAGAUUUUUUAAUAAAUAUUAAAUAGUUAUAUGAUCAAACUGAACAAAGUUAAGUGAUUAAUAUUAACUAUUAAAUAACUUAUUAUUUCAUGUGUUCCCGGUUCCGGACGUUCGGGUAUUCCAGUGUUAGUGAAUAGUGAUUACAGAAGUAAACUAAAUUUAUAAUAGGUCCAAUCUAAUACUUCGUUAUAAAUAAAUUAUUCUUUUAUUUUUAAAAAUAUUUAUAAAAGAUAGUACGUUUUCAAGUGAAAUCAUAAUAAUAUCGAAACACAUUACGUACUUGAGAAAUGAAUUCACUGUCAUCCGAGUUUUCAUCACUUCUGUCAAAUGCACUUACCAGUCUAGGAUACGAGCGACUAUUCAACAUUGCUUUUGUAUUCACUGUUGAAACUGGCUUUAUUCCAACUACUUUAGCAGAACAUUUUGACUCAACGAAUUCAAAUAUUGAAUUAGCUAAAAUGGUAAACAAUGUGCCACUGAAUUCAUUUUGGCAUAAAAAUAAUAAUAUUUUUAAUGCUGAGCUAGUAAUGUCUAAUCAGUUAUGCCAUUUAACUGGUGUUCCUAAUGAUGAUUUAUUAAUUAUAACAUUAAGUUAUUCGAAUGUAUCUAAAUGCACUUAUUUUGAAAUUGACAGAAGCAUUUUCAGUAUAAAUACAGAACAUGUAUUUCAUUUAUCUUUAAAAUAUAAAAAUUUGGUUAGCGUUCCGAUUAAAUGUGCCAUAUUGGAAAUCACUGUUGGUCAAUAUCCUGGUUUGUGUGGAAUACCUGAGGAGUUGAUUUCAUAUAUUAUAACAAAACUAAACAACACCUCUGAUUUGUAUGCGCUGAUGAGAUGCUGUAAAAAAUUGUAUCAUUCAGUGAUAAGCAAUCAGUUUUUAUGGAAAACUUUAGUGGUCGAAAAGUAUAAAAAGGAAAAACUAUCUACUGAUCUAAUACAACAACCAAUUAUGGAUUGGAGAACUGUGUAUUAUGAAGUUAAUAGAAUAAAAUCUGGUAGAAGAACAAUCGAAAUAAUAAGAGAAUGAUUUAUUAUUAUAUUACCUACUUAAACACCAAGCAAGGCUUUAAAAUUAAUUUUCUUAAUCAAUUAAAAAUAUUAAGUAUUACUUUAUUUUAUGAAAAUUAGAAUAAGUAUUUGCUAGUAUGUAAUUGUAGGUACCUGUUGUUCAAUAAUUAUGAGAUAUUUUAUACAAACCAUAAUAUUUAUUUUCAAUAAAAAACAUUAAUAUGUGCUUUAAA